AUGUCUGAACGCCGAGAUUCCACGUGUCAAAAACAUGAUUUGCCGAAAUCAUUGCAAGGUACAGAGGAUGCCGAGUUCGUUUGGAGUAUGAUAACUGAAAGAUUUCCAAAUGCUGCACCGCUUUUAUGUGAAAUGGAAGCAGUUAUCGAUCGAGCAGAAGAUCUUCUCCAACAACUGAGGAAUUUAAGAAAAAUUUCUCACAAUUCUCUAGAGACAUCAACCUCUUUUUGCACACAAGAUUCAGAAGAAUCAACUGCAAUGAUUUCCGCUAAGGAAUCAGCUACCGAAAACGACAUUGUAGAAAGUGAUACCAUAAACAAAAACGUGGCAGAAACACAAGUUUCUGAAACUAGUAUGUAUGCAACGGAAAUCAAUUUGAAUAAGAGUCAAGAUUCAGUUAUUAAAGAACAGGAUACCGAAAGUCAAUCGCUUGAUUUGAUUACGCUAAAUCGUUCUAAUAUACGGAAACAUUCUAGUGAUGAAUCUUCUUUAGUUACUAUUGAAACAAAUAACUAUCAAAUAAUAAAAGAGGCACAUAGCUUAGAAGAAUGGGGUAAAAUAGUAGAUAAUGCUCUACGAGAAGAUACUGACGAGGUACAAUCUGUUAAAAAAACAAUUAAUAUGUUCGAAAAACGUGUCAAUUGUGAAGAAACAAAAACAGAAAGUUAUAUAAAUAAGCACGAGGACUCUUGCAUUAUUCUGCAUCGUCAAGAAAUAGAUGCUGGUGAUUCUGUUAUACAAAUUACUUCCGAACGAAACAUGAAACCUCAAAAAUUAAUCGAAAUUAAUGAUGGAAUAAACGUUUCAAUCAAAGGUAGUGGUGAUGAAAAUUCACCAAUAGUUGACCUACGGACCCCGUUAAACAUCUUAGAAACUUAUGCAAAACGUUGCAAAAUCUCGAUCGAAUACGAAUAUAAUGAAAGUCCGCAUCGUCUCAAAUCAAGCGUUUAUGUGAUACGUGGAAAUCUUGGUGGAUUUGCUGCAACAUGUAGAGGUUUCUCCGAAGAAUCAACCAAAAACGAUCUGGCCGCGACAAUUCUGCAAAUGAUUGCAAAUAAACAAAUGAAGGACGAAAAACUUGGUACGCUCGCCGAUCUUACACGUGAAGAAUUGUUAGAGAUAAUUAAUCUAGGCAUGGACGGUCUGAGAGAAACUGCGCAAAGAAAGUUAUACCAACUUUGCCUUGAAAAAGACGUUUCGGUUCCAAAAUAUACUGUAGAAAAAGAGAAAACGUAUCAGGGUUUAACUUAUGUCGCCACUUGUUCCGCCCUAGGCUACACUAGCGAAGGUCGUGGCUUGAGAGAAUGUGUGGCCAAGAAAGCAGCCGCUGAUGAAUUGUACCAUCAAUACUAUGAAGAUCAGAAGGCAAGACUUAAGGUAAGCUUUUUUUUUUUUUUUUUUUUUUUUUUUUUUUUUUUUGAAAAUUAG